ACAAAGAGUAGGAAACAAGACAAACAAGGACAACAAUAGAAGGAUCUAAACAAAAAGGACAGGUCAGCAAACAACUUCCACCUGAAAAGGCUGUUACUGAGGUAUAAAGAAAAGUGAAAGUUUGCUGAGAAUCAACAACAACAAAGGGACAAACAACUUACAGCUACAAGAAGGAAGCUUUCCUCCUGGAGGAAAAAUUGGACCACCUGCCAGAGUUAAAGAGAAAAGGUCAAGCUUGCCAUGAUUCCAUUCGGCUCUCUUGGUUUGCUCCCUCUGCUGUCACUUUAUGUAGCAGCACUGCAGACUUCAGAUGCAUCUCUGGCCUGCACACAUCCUCCCUGCAGGGACAGUCUUGUGGCUGCACCCAUCCAGCCUGGGACAGGAGCAGGAGUGGGUAGCGGGGCCUGUGACGGUCUAACUGGGACAACAGCCUGCAGGUUGGGGGUUUCACUUCCAGUCAUCUCAGAUGUUCCUCAGAGGGUGGAGCACAGGCACAAUCUCCCCCAGGUUCAGCCUAAGACUGGAGGUGUCAAAGAGCGUCUUGUUCAGCUGCAGCGCUGCAUGCGCUCUCUCCAGGAAACAGGGGGGCCCAGGAGUCACGGGGGCCAGGAGAGCAACUCUCUAGGUGCCAUCCUUGCACUAAUGGCAGCUGUACUGACAGAGUGUGACCUCCACUGUCACAGCCAGGCCCUUGGGGCGAUGGCCAAACGACUGGAGAGUGCAGCUGUGGGAAGAGAGGGGGAGAAAGACCUGCUGCUUUUCCUGAAGAGCAUCACACAAUAUUCACCCACAGUUGCUCCCUUGGAGAGGUUACAUCCUCAGGAUUGUGCAGAGAUUUACAGGCUCGGCAUCAAAGAGAACGGGAUCUACACCAUCCAACCUGACCUACACAGGCCGGCAUUGGAGGCUAAAUGUGACAUGGAGACGGCGGGUGGUGGGUGGAUGGUGAUUCAGAAUCGGCAGGACGGCUCACUGGACUUUAACAGGACAUGGCAGGAAUACCGGGAGGGCUUUGGCAGUCCGCAGGGAGAGCACUGGCUGGGGAACGCAGCGCUGUAUGCCCUCACCUCCACUGGCCAACACCAGCUCCACAUCGAGCUGGAGGACUGGUACCAGCAGAAGCGCCAUGCUAUCUACAACAACUUUAAAGUGGCCUCAGAGGCACAAAGGUAUCGUCUGACAGCGCGGGAGUACUCUGGUGAUGCAGGCAAUGCAUUGAGCUACAGCAAACGUUAUAACCAUGAUGGCAGAUCCUUCAGCACAGCAGACAGAGACCACGACCGUUAUGCAGCUGGAAACUGUGGUCAGUACUAUGGUGCAGGCUGGUGGUUUGAUGCAUGCCUGGCAGCUAACCUCAAUGGACGGUAUUACCGUGGGCGCUACAGUGGGGUGACCAACGGUAUCUACUGGGGGACAUGGUACAUCCUGACAGACGGACGAACCGGAGAACGCUACUCUUUCAAGAGGGUGGAGAUGAAGACAAGACCCAGGAACUUUAUAGGAACAUCCUAAAGAUCAUGAUGACAGUUCUCACAGGAACAUGUGCUAGACUACAACAAUAAUCAUGUCAACCAGUUUUGCAUUGGCUUUCUAUGUGUUGGAUGUUUAAGUCACUGUGUUGACAUCACUCAUAGUGCAGCUUUCAUGUCACUUUUCAGCUACAUGCAAAUGGCAGCUAAUAGAUUAAAGAAAAAAAUUAUGUCUAAACAUUCACUUGCACAUCAUAUUAUAAUAUUCUUUUUUUAAGG